UACCGGCUGCGCGAUCAAGUGGAUGAGCCGUCCACUGAUAAGAAGUGGUGGCCAAACCCUGCCACCCCCAGACAUGGAACAAAGGGUUACUUCUCCAAGGUGCACGCCGUGUCUUAGGGGAAGGAAAGGGUUAAAAGCUUCCAGCCGGUCAUCGCCAGAUCUUCUGUCAAGAGAUUCCGAGGAAAUGAUGGGAAAAGCUGAGGAACUUUUCCAACUUUGUGAUAAGGAGGAAAAAGGGUUAAUAACCAAACGGGAUCUUCAGCGGCUACAGAAUGAGAUUCCUCUCACUCCAGAACAAUUAGAAGCCGUAUUUGACAGCCUAGACCAGAGCAAUAAUGGCUACCUCACUCCUGUGGAGUUCAGCAUGGGCCUUGGCAAGUUACUAGGGGUUAACAUGGCAAAUGGUAAUGAACAUGGUGAAAGGCCGAUAAUGGAAGAAACCUUUGAAUCUGGAUGGUCCGAUGAAGAUGAUGAUGCAGAGGAGAUGCUGUUCUGUGCCACCAUGGAACAGUUGGGGGCUGCCCAUGUCUUCCAAGAACACAGGGAAAUACGGGAUCUGUGGAAUCGUCUACGCAAGGAGCGUCCCGAGUUGCUGGCAAACUUUGAGGAGUUUCUCUUCCGCGUUUCCACUUACAUCCGGGACGUGCAUCAUGAAAAAGAGACUCUAGAACAAGCUUUAAAAAGGAAAGAGACAGAUCACGGCAGAGAGGUGAGGUGUCUGUAUGAGGAGAUGGAGCAGCAAAUUAAAAUAGAGCGAGAACGGCUUCUCAAAAAGGACUCCAUGAGACAGCAGGACAGGCACUCCAAUCUUCAGAGGGAACUGAUGAGGAAAGAACAGGAGCUGGAGGGCAUUGCUCUCAGACAGAGACAGCUCGAGCAGCAGCUCCAUUCCAUAAAUAAUGAGCAACUUGAGACCCGUGUUCAAAACGAUCGCCUGAAACAGCUAAAUGAGGAUCUAGUUGAACAACUAGAGAAGACCAAGACAGAUUUGGAAAAAGCUCAGACCCAUCUGCUGAGAUUACGCGAGCAAGAGAAGGAGGAGCUGGAGCGCAAGAAGAGAGAUGUGUUCAAGGUGUCCAGAAAUAUGCAGAAAGAAAAACAGAGUCUUCUCCGACAACUGGAGCUUCUCAGGGAAAUGAACAAAAAGCUUCGAGAUGAGAAGGAUGUGUUUGAAGCAAGAAGGCUGGAUAUCCUACGGAAGGAUGUGACAGACUCUCUCCUGGGGUCUGGAAGCUGCUGCUGCUGCCGCCACUCGGGCUGUGCCGGCAGUGUCCACUGUGAUCCUGGAUUAUGACCACAAGGGGGUGCUAGCGGGGUUAGCAAUCUGACUGUAUAAUAUUUGUAGUAUAGUCUAGUUCUGUAUGGAUGUGUAUAUGUAUAUAUUAUCUGUGUCUGACCCCCGCUCUUCAUGUAGAUACGGAGGAGUGACAUGUAUAUAAAUAGGUCAAAGCGUUAGCAUAGGUAAUGGGGGAGCAGAACAAUUUAGCCUAAAGGGACUGUGCUUACUGCAGGUAGAAAGGCCCGAUGUAACGCACAGCUCCCUGUGAUAUUGUACCUCAGGAUCUUACAGAACGUGCUUCCAUUACAGCUCAAAUAUUAAAGGGUUUUGAGAUUAUUUUUUUAAAUAAA